GUUGAGUGUUGGAAAGGCAUCAGUUAGCGUGUAAAGCUCUUGCAUUAGCAUCCGCUUGGGAGCUAAACCCCACUCACCAUGAACACCUUGGCACUGUGCCUGGGGCUAACCCUGGUCGGGAUCGUCUCAGCUGAACCUCCAAGUGGAUACAACUACAACAGACCAUCGUCCAGUUACUUUUCUGGGGGUAAUGGAGGCGGCGCUGGGUUCAUCAGCGGCGGAGGCAGCAGUUUCAGCGGAGGUGGUAACCUUAUCUCCGUAAGCCCUGGUCCAUCCAGCAAUGAAGGACAGUACGUCGAGCCCCAACUCCUGGAGAAAAUCCGUCAGCUUCUCCUGCAAGAAGAAGCUAGCGCCUCUGCUCAUGGUGGAGGCGGCGGCGGGGGCGGUGGAGGCGGCUACCCAUCUUCCCAGUACGGAGCUCCAUCACCCCAGUACGGAGUACCAUCAUACCAGACACGUGUCGUAGGAGUCGAUCUCGAAGGAGUACGCCAGGCAAUUCAGGUUGCACAGUACCAACAGACCAGCGUCGGAAGUGGUGGAGGCGGUUACCCCUCGGGUCCAGCUACCAGUUACGCAGCACCUUCUGGUUCAUACUCAGCCCCAUCUCGCCCGUCAGGCUCCUAUGGUGCACCCUUCUAAAUGAACUAAUGAUAAACACACAUUUCGGUCCCUCUCCGACACACAAGCAGCCAGCAGAAACAGCGCCAGGGACGAGGGAUCGCGAGAAGGCUGUUGGCAAAACCAAGACUCAAACCCAGCACACACACCAACUAGUUGCGGACGGACAACCUCUGGAUCGUCCAGCACCUGAACACAUCGAGGUGCCAGAGCGCAAAUCAUUACACGAACAUGAAGCGCAAAUUUCAGCAGUGAACGUAUAUUUAGUGGAAUCAAACGGGUCUCUUACAAGAACAGAUAAUACGAGGAUUUCUUUGUAUGGUUCACUUUUUAUGUUUAAUCAUACAUUACAUAUUGGAGAUACCCAACAGUACAAUAUUUUUGUAUGUAUGGUUGGAAGCGUAAUUUUUUAUAUUUGUAUAAAGCUUUUUAUAGAAAAAAAACCUAGAAAAAUAAAUAAAAAAUACAUUUCGCCACCGUAAAAAAAAUGAUAGCA